CAGUGUCCUGUCCCAGCGCCUCGGGCUGGCGUCGCCUACCUGGGGUGGCGCAGACCCUGAGAUGCCCCCGGGGGUUUUGUGUCCCACGGCCACACAGCCUGCGUUUCAGCCAGCCACUGAGCCCCCCGAGAACCGGCCGCCAUGCCCAAGAUAACCCUGAACGGCGUGACCGUGGACUUCCCUUUCCAGCCCUACAAAUGCCAGGAGGCAUACAUGACCAAGGUCCUGGAGUGCCUGCAGAAGAAGGUGAACGGCGUCCUGGAGAGCCCCACGGGCACAGGGAAGACGCUCUGCCUGCUCUGCAGCACGCUGGCCUGGCGGGAGCACCUGCGUGACGCCAUCUCUGCCCGCAAGGUCGCCGAGAGGGCCCCCGGGGAGCUCUUCCCCGACCGCCCCCUGGCGUCCUGGGGGAAUGCCGCCGCAGGGGGCGAUGCCGCAGCUUGCUACGCGGACAUCCCGAAAAUCAUUUACGCCUCCAGGACCCACUCGCAGCUCACGCAGGUCAUCAGCGAGCUUCGGAACACGUCCUACCGGCCCCGGGUGUGCGUGCUGGGCUCCCGGGAGCAGCUGUGCAUCCACCCCGAGGUGAAGAAGCAGGAGAGUAACCACAUGCAGAUCCACCUGUGCCGCAAGAAGGUAGCGAGUCGCUCCUGUCACUUCUACAACAACGUAGAAGAGAAGAGCCUGGCGCAGGACCUGGCCGCCCCCAUCCUGGACAUCGAGGACCUGGUCAGGAGCGGGAACAAGCUCAGGCUCUGCCCGUACUACCUCGCCCGGAGCCUGAAGCAGCAGGCGGACGUCAUCUUCAUGCCGUACAACUACUUGCUGGACGCCAAGAGCCGCCGGGCGCACGGCAUCGACCUGAAGGGCACGGUCGUGAUCUUCGACGAGGCGCACAACGUGGAGAAGAUGUGCGAGGAGUCGGCGUCCUUUGACCUGACCCCCCACGACGUGGCUUCUGGACUGGACGUCUUAGGCCAGGUCUUGGAGGAGCAGACCAAGGCUGCGCAGCAGGGCGUGCCUCACCUGGACUUCAGCCCGGACUCCGGCACAAGUGCGCUGCUUUCUCCGCCAGGGCUGAGCAUGCAGCUGGAGGACAUUGCGAAGCUGAAGAUGAUCCUGCUCCGCCUUGAGGGGGCCAUCGACGCUGUCGAGCUGCCUGGAGGUGACGAAGGCGUCACCAAGCCGGGGAGCUACAUCUUUGAGCUGUUUGCCGAGGCCCAGAUCACGUCUCAGACCAAGGGCUGCAUCUUGGACUCCUUGGACCAGAUCAUCCAGCACCUGGCUGGACGUGCCGGGCCCUUCUCCCACACGGCGGGCCUGCAGAAGCUCGCGGACAUCAUCCAGGUCGUGUUCAGCGCAGACCCGGCCGAGGGGGGCCCUGGCGGCACCGCAGUGCCUGGGGCCUCCCAGUCCUACAAGGUGCACAUCCACCCGGACACCAGCCCCCGGAGGGCGGCCCAGCGGUCAGACGCCUGGAGCUCCACGGCAGGCAGGAGGCAGGGGAAGGUGCUCAGCUACUGGUGCUUCAGCCCCGGGCUCUGCAUGCGCGAGCUGCUGCGCCAGGGCGUGCGCUCGCUCAUCCUCACCAGCGGCACUCUGGCCCCCGUGUCCUCCUUCGCCCUGGAGAUGCAGAUCCCUUUCCCCGUCUGCCUGGAGAACCCGCACGUCAUCGACAAGCACCAGAUCUGGGUGGGGGUCGUCCCCAGAGGCCCCGACGGAGCCCAGCUGAGCUCUGCCUUCGACAAGCGGUUCUCUGACGAGUGCUUGUCCUCCCUGGGGAAGACGCUCGUCAACCUCGCCCGCGUGGUCCCCCACGGGCUGCUCGUCUUCUUCCCCUCCUACCCCGUCCUGGAGAGGAGCCUGGAGUUCUGGCGGGCCCGUGACUUUGCGCGGAAGCUGGAAGCCCUGAAGCCGCUGUUUGUGGAGCCAAGGAGCAAGGGCAGCUUUGCAGAGGUGAUGGGCGCGUACUACGCGAGCGUCGCCUCUCCGGGGUCGCGUGGGGCCGCCUUUCUGGCCGUGUGCCGCGGCAAGGCCAGCGAGGGGCUGGACUUCGCAGACGUGAAUGGCCGAGGGGUGGUGGUCACGGGCCUCCCGUACCCGCCACGCAAGGACCCCCGGGUCAUCCUCAAGAUGCAGUUUCUGGAUGAGAUGAAGGGCCGGAGUGAGGCCUCAGGCCAGUUCCUCUCUGGGCACGACUGGUACCGGCAGCAGGCGUCCCGGGCUGUGAACCAGGCCAUCGGGCGGGUCAUCCGGCAUCGUCAUGACUAUGGGGUCGUCCUCCUCUGCGACCACAGGUUCACCAGCCUGGACUCCAGGGCCCAGCUGCCGUCCUGGGUGCGCCCCCACGUCAAGGUGUACGCCAACUUCGGCCAUGUCGUCCGAGACGUGGCCCAGUUUUUCCGGGUUGUCCAGAAAGCGAUGCCGAUGCCGGCCCCCCUGGCCGCUGCCCCGAGCCCGGGAGAGGGAGAAGGCGCCGUCCUGGGGGCCCUGUCGCUGGGGCCCCUCUCCCCCAAGAAAGCUAGGAGCCUGGACGUGCACGUGCCCAGCCUGAGGCGGGGCCCCGCAGGACUGCCGGACGCGGGGGAUGCGGGGUACGGCCUGUGCACGGAGUACCGGCAGGGGCUGGCUCACACGCCGCCGAGGCGCGCGGGGCUGCUGGCCGCCCUGGACCGGAGCGAGCGGCUGGGCGGAGGGCCCGGGGGCCCGGCGGCGCCUGAAGAGGAGGAGGCGCGAUGCCGCUGCAGCCCGUCACUGCCCGGGGAGAAGAGGCCUGCGGGGGAGCAGAGAGGCGGACGGCGGAAGAUCAGGCUGGUCAGCUGCCAGGAGGAGCCGGCGGCCGGGGCCCGCGUGGACAAGGCCAAGCUGUUCAUGGCAGCUGUGAGGCAGGCGCUGAGCCAGGCCCACUUCGACUCCUUCGCCCGCGCCCUGCAGCAGUACAAGGGCUCGGACGACUUCCAGGCGCUGGCAGACUGCCUCGGCCCCCUCUUUGCGCAGGACCCUGAGAACCACCGCCUGCUCCGAGGCUUCUGCCAGUUCGUGCGGCCUCACCACAAGCAGCCAUUUGAAGAGCUCUGCCUCCGGCUCACAGGCCAGGGCUGCGGCCGCCCGCCCGAGCACCGCCGCCCCUGCGGGCCAGGGACGCCGCCGGCCCAGGCCCCUGGGGGAAGGAGGGAGCCUGUCCUCAAGAUGACCCUGUCCCAGGGUGCGGCCAGGCAGCUGGACCCCGGGGAGCACCUGAACCAGGGCUCGCCUCACCUGGCCUCCAGGCCACUGACCGAAGGAGGCGCCGGCAGCCACCCGCAGGAGGGUCAGGGGGCCCCCAGCGCCAAGAAGCAGGGUCAGCCGGCCGUGAGCGCCUACUUGGCCGACGCCCGCAGGGCCCUGGGGGCUGCAGGCUGCAGCCAGCUCCUGGCCGCGCUGACCACCUACAAGCAGGACGACAACUACGAGAAGGCAGUGGCGGUGGUGGCAGCACUGACCACCUCGCGGCCUGAGGACCUGCCCCUGCUGCACAGGUUCGGCAUGUUCGUGCGCCCCCACCACAAGCGGCGCUUCCGGCAGACCUGCGCCGACCUGACCGGCCAGCCCGUCCCCGACAGGGGACCCCAGCAGGGGGCCUCCCCAGGGCUGCCCACCCCCGGGACUCCCGAGCCAGGCCCCUCCACGCCAGGGAGACCCGGCAAGACCUCCUUCCUCCGAGCACCGACGGCCAGCGGGGCGGAGGGUCCCAGCCGGCCCCCGAGUGUGCCCCACGGACGGGCGCAGUCCAAGUGCAGUAGGUCCCGGCGGGGGCUGCUGGGCAUGGGCCUGGGGGCCCUGGCAGAAAGGCCGCUGAGAGGACAGGCCGUGCCGGCCCUGCAGGCCCACCACCAGGAAGCAGGGCGUCGAGCUGGUCGUCUGGAGGCCCUGGGCACGGCAGGGCUUCGUCAGCUGCCGCCACCCCGCACUUGGACACAGAGUGGACACGGGCCUGUCGGCAGGCUGGGCAGGAAGAUGCUGGCGCCAGAGGGAAAGGAGCCGGCCGCCGCCUCCACCCUGCCCCCAGGCCCGGUCACUGGGUCACUGGCAGUCCGGGCAUGGGGAGGGCCCUCAGGAGAGCCCGGCAUCCGGAGGGCUGGGCCCAGCCGGUGA